AUGGAAGUCCAGUGGGAUUCCAGCCUCCAGUCAACAACAUUAAGUGACAGUGAAAUUGACUUUAAUAAGGAGGCGAAAAGAAUCGCAGAUUUGGAUAUGCCGCAAGCAAUAGUAACUAAACUCAUUAAUAACGUGUUAUGUGGUGAUUCAAUAGAGGAAGAAGCCAAAUUAGCCGUAAUAAGAUCCACCACUCAAUUUAUCAGUUAUCUCACCUCAUCAGCGAAUAAGAUUGCAAAAAAUAAAAACCAUAAAAACAUACAACCUGAUGACGUAUUUAGGGCCAUAGAAGAAUGUGAAUUUGAUGAGUUUUUACCAAAGUUAAAAGAUGAAUUAAAUGCAUACGUGGAAAUUAAAAGGUCUGCAAAAGCAAAACAGAAUGAAGAGGAAAACGUUACUGGUGGUCCACCUUCAUCAUCUAUAGUAACGGAUUUGCCCUCUGAUAGUGGAAUAAAA